ACGUGCAACUCGAGGUUGAGGGUAGGAGGUGGGAGCUCUUUAGUGGAAUCGAGGAGCUGUCCGCUUUGUAGUUGGUUCAAGGUUCAUUGGCUGUAGCUUCCAGACUGUCCGCUUGUAGUCAGUUACUAUGCCGUGUUCUGUAGUUUUUCGUUCCGCUGCGCUGCUCGUUGCAGCACUUUCACUUAUUCAAGCAGUCAAGAUUGAAGUCCAUGGCAAAGAUAACAAAACCUGUAUAUAUGCUAUACUGUCUGUCAACUUCACUGUCAUUUAUGAAGGAAAUGGGACAAUGGAAAAUGCGACUUUCCGGUUGCCAGAUUCAUUAUCCACCAAUGGAAGCACAUGUGGUGGUAACAAUUCGGCUCCCUUGUUGAACAUGGGCUUUGGUACUGGUCAUUCCUUGAGCUUAAACUUCUCUCGUACUGAUGGCAAAUUUAGUGGCGAUGUACUGACUUUCACUUACAACACCAGUGAUGCAAAACUCUUUCCUGGAGCAAAAAACCAAAGUGUAAAACAUGUGGCUGUGAAUUCCUUAAUGGAAUCUGUACCCCUGAACACAAUCUACACAUGCAGAAGUGUUAAAGCUAUUGCAAGUGAACCAGUUGUCAUGGUUUUCUGGCAUGUUGGUAUUCAAGCCUUUGUGGAGAACGGAACAAUUAGCAAAAAUGAAUCCUUCUGUAAAGCAGAUGUGUCAACCACUGUUGCACCUAUUACAACACAGACAACUUCCACUGUGGUCCCAAUCCCAACUAAGCCAUCUCCAGACCUGCCAGCAGUGGGCAACUAUACCAUUAAGAAUGGAAGUGAUCCUUGUCUCCUUGCUAAUAUGGGACUACAGCUAAAUAUUACCAACACAGAUAAUCAGACACGUGUAAUUAAUAUAAAUUCCAAUUCUACUGCCAGUGGACACUGUGGGGAUAAACAUUCAGUGCUCCUCCUAGAAGAUACAGAUGCAACCAUUCAGUUUCAUUUCUUUGUGGAGCAAGCAAAAUUCUUCUUGAAGGAGGUGAAAGUUAGCAUAAGAUUGCUUGUAAAUGGUUCAACAACUACAUUUAACUGCAGCAAUGGCAAUCUUAAGUAUUGGCAGGCAUUUGUCGGAAGUUCAUACAUGUGUCGCAAUGAACAGCAGCUGGUUGUGACUGACCAAUUAGCUAUUAAUACAUUUAAUGUAUGGGUCCAACCAUUUGAGAUAAAGAAUGGAACCUUUUCCAGAGCUGAAGAGUGUUCUCUGGAUGAUGACAGCAUCCUUAUCCCUAUUAUAGUUGGUGCUGCUCUGGCUGGCUUAAUUGUGAUUGUUGUGAUUGCUUAUGUGAUCGGUAGAAGAAGAAGCUAUGCUGGAUACCAAACACUCUAAUGAUUUUGAUUUCUAUGUACUUAAGCCAUGAUUUUUAAUUGCUGUUGACUGUAGUAGGUGCAAGUCCUUGCCUGAACUCCUUCAGUUGCACUAGGUUUUUGCUUGGGGCUAGUGAACUUGUAUCUACACUUCACAUGGAUGAAUGUUUAUAAUGCUGGCAGGCAAUGUUGUGGUAUUGCUGCCAGGCAGUUAGUGUUCUGCAGAAGGUGACUUCUUAAAUUGUAAGCCUGCCUGUGACUGUUACUGAAAAUUAAUUUGUGCUAAUUUGCCAGCACUACUACCAGCAUUUUCAAAAAAAUAACGAACUUCAAAUCUGAAACUGAAUAUGUAUUUACCAAGACCUCCUGUAGCUUGUUUGGAUGUACUGGAAACUGUAUAAAUGUGAAUAGUUUGUGUGUAUAUAAGUUUUUUUUUUUUUUUUUUUGGGCUUGCUUCAUGGGGAAAAUAGGUACCUUCCUUAUGGAAGGAAUUUUCUCCAAUUUGUGUAAUGUAAAUUCUAAUUGGCACAUGCACAUGCUAUCUAAUGUUGACCACUGAUUUUUCUAACUUAGUCCUUCACUCUAGACACUGGAAAUUUUGAAUGUUGACUUUUAUCUUGGAAGUUCAAAUUUAUAACCUUGACAAGUUUCUUUAUUCCGUGCCUCAUUUGUAAAGUUUAACUCUGCUUUAUAAUAAAAAGUUUCAUGCAAGCUGAUGUAGCACUUAUUUGAGGCUGAGGAAUGCCAAAGCUUUGCAUAUUUUACACUCCAAGACACUGCACUAACUAGCUGCAGUAGUUACCCAAUGAAUAGAAGUUUCACUUUUUUUCCCUAUUCACCUAGUUGAGUAUUCUUGCAGGUGUGGGUAAUGUUCUUCAUUGCUCAUUCCUAGAACAGUGAAAUGUCUUGCUGUACUGCUUCUAACUAAAGUAGCUUUUUUGCUUAAAAUUGCUUUCAAACUGGCUUCAAGAUUACCAGCUCUGGUCACAAAGUUGUGACAUCUUAAUUCCACACCUACUGCAGAACUCUGACUUUACAAUUUUUUGUUGCUUCUGUAAAUUGAACUCCACCAAUUGACUCAAACUUCUCUCUGAUUUUGCAUUUGUAGUGCUUGUCAUGAAAGCUGUAAACACUAACCAAUUCUGCAAGCUAAUUUGGAUCUACCCUCUGAAUUCUUUCUUUGUGGUUAAGUUGCUACAUGCAUGAAUUAAAUCUGUAGCACAACUUUAAUAAAACUACAUUAUGGAGCUAAUUCAACUUUAAGACAGCUAAAACCAAGAUGUCAUUCUUCAAAUCAAUACAGAUUUGUAAAAACUCAGAUUUUAUUAGGGUGUUUGAGCUUCUGGGUCUCAACUGCAUUUUGGAAACAUAAGCACUAGAAAUUUGUAUAUUUUGGCUUGUCAAAAACUAAACUUAAUUGUUUGGUUUGAGGGAUUAAACUUUUUUGGUUCUAGGUUACACGGGUGUUUUGAGUUAGUAAGUCUUAAAGUGACCUAAAAUACUAGUUUUUGUCCUUACUAAGGAAUUGAGCAUAGUUGGUUGUCAGGCUAAGAUUCAAAUAGCAUGUAGUUGUAGUCUUAGCUGCAUCCAAGUUGUGUAGCUCCUUUCUGAAUGUCAAUAUGCACCUGAGAAUUCAAUUUUGAAACUUUUGAGUUGAAUUUCUUUGAUCCAAACUAUUUUGCUGCAAUAGCAGGCUUUUGCAUUUAUCAAAUGAAUUAUGAUCAACUGAAUUCAAAUCUUUUAAUUUACGGUCUGGCUUGAGUUUAAGUCUUGAUAUACCGGUUCCAAAGUAAUUGACUUGUACAAAUAAGUCCAAAUACUACAGUAGUUUGACUAAAUGCAGUCAGAUUUACUGAUGGGUUGGCAUUCUUGUACUUUUUUUAAAAAAAAAAAAAAAAAAACUUGCCUGGAUGAUUCUCUGGCAAUGCAGUGGUGCCAAGUGUGGAUUCAAUUCCCAUUACUAGCUGAGGUCAGUGUAAAGGCCUGGGGGGGUCAAGAAAGAGCAUCAAUCAUCUGAGGUGUGGUGACCCUCUGAUUUGAACUCACCAAUUAUCUCUAAUGCAAGCAGCCUAUGGUUCUCCAGGCAAUGUGACUUUAUACUGGGCACUUGGAAAAUUAAACUUGGAUUUUGGUUUAAUUUUGGUAUCCUUCAAUACAACCCUUCUACAGAACUCUAGAUAAAAAUUUGGAUAUUAAACAAUGUACUGGUACCAGGUGUUGCAUUUCUAUAGUUGCUGCACUAAAUGCACAACUUAACCUUGAUCAGUUGCCUUUAUUUGAAAAUGGGAAAAUCUUCAAUUAGAAUCUUUGGGUUUAAUUCAAAUUUUGUUUUUACUUUACUGAACAUAUUCAAAUGGGUGAAUUGUUGUGCCUCUAUGUAAUUAGGUCUUUGGGAUUUUACCUUCUACUUUUUUUAGGUUAUUGACAUCACCAACUUUUAUCUAAUUUCUUUAAAUCCAGCUGAAGACUGCAAAGCAAAUGACCACUACAUCGUGCCUAUUGCAGUUGGAGCAGCGUUGGGAGCACUAAUUUUGAUUGUGCUGGUGAUCUACAUCAUUGGUCGUAGGCAGAAUCGCAGUCAUGGAUAUGAGCACUUCUAAGUUUCAGCUCUGGGAUUGUUCAGCUAUUUGAUUUUACUUACAAGCAUUGGUACAAAUUGUAAACAAUUAAGGUGAAUUAGAUAUUGAAGGACAAACUAUAAGGAAUGCAUUUGCAGAUUUAAGUUGAACUUUAACAUCUAGUUUAGAUCACAAUGCUCAAUUGUAUAAAUCUGGGGCCAUCUUAAAGGAUGGUACAUCAGUCCUCUAAUCUUUUAUUGUUACUCUUAGUAUCAUUAUCUGCAGCCUAUUUCAUGGUCCUUUAAUGUUCCACUAUCCAUGUUUUGUAGUGGUUUUUAAAAUUGAAAAACCUACAAUUUUAGAAUAUUUGCUUCCAAACCCACAAUCUGAAAUUCACACUUCCUAAUUUGAAUGUGUGCUAUAGAAAAUACUAUCUUGAUUGCAGACUUCUACAAUUUACUACUUGAACUGAUGAGUACACAUCACUAGCAGCAUUUCAAGCUCAUCUGCACCAGUCUUCACUUUCUCUUGUAUUUCGACUAAGUUUCCUGUCAAAAGACUUUGAACUCUGCAAGCUAAUGAUUUACAAAUCUGGUUAAGUUGAUUGUCUAUUUAUGAUUUGAGAAAAUACCAAAGACUCUUGCUUGCUUUCAUCUAGUGAAACGCUUUAAAUUUCUGCAGUCUCAUUAGUUUGGUCUUGGCUGUCAAUCCAACUCUGACACCAGCAUCCAUUUUAUUUUUAUUCAGUCUGAUUUGAACAUUUGACUAUCCUAAAUGGACCUGGUUUGAAUUGAGAUGCUUGACAUGGUUUGGUAUUCAAUUUAAUCUCCCAUAUUGAUCCUUGACUGCAAUUGUGCAAAGCUUGUAACUAGUGUUCUGUGCCAGGCUUACCAAUGGGAAGCUGAAACUUCAGUAGUAUUCACUUGGCAUUUGGUGAUGCAAAAGUUGCAGUGCCACCAUUUGAGGUUUAUGCCACAGUGCCUGAGUCUGUCACCUGUGCAGAAGUGGGGCAUGACCAUCAAAAAUUGGUUACUUUUCUCCCAUUUGAACAAUGGGUAUGCUUUAAUGCACUUCAACUGGCACCCUACUGCAGUUUUCUAAAACUGUAGAGAACUCAGUUGAUAUCCUAUAAUUUUAUGUAACGCAUUAGUUUUGGGCAUGUGGAAAUAAGAAACUUCAGCUGAUCUUCCAUGGGAUAGUGUUGCAACAAGAGAACUUGUUUUGGGUAAAUGCAACAAUUCAAUUACAUUUGGACUUCACUAUGUAUUGUAUUUUGAGGGAGGCAUUACCUCCUGCUUUCAAUCAGCUAAUUGCAUACAGGUGUUUUAUCAAGUCCCUUUUCUAUAGUCUUGACUGAAUUCACCUCAUGCAACAAAAAGAUGACUGGAGUAGUAAGCAUUUCAGAAAGCAUACAUUGAACAUACUUUGCCUAAUGUCUUGUCUUGUGCACUGAAAUUGGGCUUCUAUGGCCUUUGCAUGUUUGCCUCACCUGUCCUUUAACUAACAAUCUCCUAACUUCUCUGCCACAGCUGAAGAAUGUCUUGCUGAUUCUGACCUGGGUUUUCUGGUACCAAUCGCUGUUGGAGCUGCACUGGGCCUAUUAAUAAUUCUUGUCAUCAUAUCUUAUGUAAUUGGACAAAGGAAGAGCCAGAGUGGCUACCAAUCUGUGUAAUCAAUUAUAUUCAGAAGGAACUCUCACUUGCUGUCUGUUACAAUCUGUCCCACUUUUUUGGGACUGGACGAAAUCCUGACUAAUAGGCUUUUUGUCUUGCUUCCUUGAUCUAAUGCUUAAGCCACUUAAUGUGGAGAAUUGAUUUUUAAUUUGUUUUUACAAGUAAUAUUGAAUUUCUCCUUGAAUACAGGUUCAGGAAUGGACUGAAUAUCUGCUAAAUCAAUAGUGGUCUUGGUUGUAAAUUUUCUUUUGUUAACAUCUCCUGGGAUGUAACUAUUUGGCUUUACUUGAUCUAAAAGUUCAGAAGCCAAAACCAUCUUUCACCUGCACCAAAUUGAUAAGAGCAAUAAACAAAUGGGCUUGUGACAAUGAAA